AUGUGUGAUGUAAAUGAAGCAUUAAUUAAGAAAGAGACCGUUUAUGUUGGAUCUAAGUAUAUUCCAUUGAAAGAUGGAUGUAAAGUGAAAUUUCACUAUGAAACAAAGCGAGCAGAUAAUCAGAAAAUAAUCGAUGAUUCCAGAAAGACAAAUAGGCUGUUUGAGCUAGUUUUGGGGAAGAAAUUCAAACUGGAAGUAUGGGAAGUAAUUGUCCAGAAAAUGUCCUUGAACGAGGUUGCAAGAUUUCAUGUUGAUCAAUCAUUAGUACAGCAAUAUCCAUUUAUAUCAAAGACAAUCAGAGAUGCAGUUAAGAAGCCAGAAGAGAAAAGGCACUGCUGUGGAAUGACUUUGCAGAACGAGGGUCUUGGAUAUGAGGAUCUUGAUGAAUUAUUCAAAAAACCUUGUGAUCUUAUAUUCACAAUUGAAGUCACAUCUAUAGAACUGCCUGAAGAAUAUGAAAAAGAAAGCUGGCAACUUAAUGAGACUGAAAAGUUACAGUCAAUCGAUGACUUCCGAAUAAAAGGAAAUGAAUUGUUCAAGAGGAAUCAAUUUAUUCAAGCUGAAGAAUCGUACUCAAAAGCAUUAGGAAUUGUAGAGCAAUUGAUGCUCAGAGAAAAGCCAAAAGAUGAAGAAUGGAUGGAUCUAGCUAGAAUGAAAAUUCCACUUCUAUUAAACUAUUCUCAAUGUAAACUAGUUCAAAAAGAAUAUUAUCGAGUCAUUGAAUGCUGCACAGAAGUUUUAUCAUAUGAGCCAGACAAUAUAAAAGCCUUGUACAGAAGAUGUAAAGGUCACAUUGGAGCAUGGAACGUCGAUAAAGCUGAAGAGGAUUCAAAUCGAAUUAUUGAACUGGAUUCAUCACUUAAACCUACAGUCAUGAAGGAACUAAAUGCUCUUAAAGACAAAAUAAAGUCAGAAGAGGAUAAAUCAAAGUCCAACUAUCGUAAACUAUUCUAA